AUGUCUACCUCCAACCUUUUGAAUGGCACCAACGGAGGCUGUGCUUCCGGCAAAACAACCAAGGUCGUUGUCGUUGGAGCAGGUUUUGCCGGUAUGACCGCUGUCAUUGAAUGCCAGAGACGAGGCAUGCAGGCGAUUCUCGUCGAGAAGUACACCAACUCCGCCGAAUAUGGCGAUAUCAUCGACUUUUUCGCCAAUGCAGGGCGCAUCGUCGACGCCUGGGACGAUGGCAAAGUCGCCGAUAAAUUGCUCGACAUCUGCAUCACCAAAGCGAAGUGGAUGCAGAUGUUGAAGCACACCGGGGAGGCUGUGCAUCGUGACCCCUGGUAUCUUAAGGAGGAGCACUUCAGAUAUCAGUACGCUGGUCAGAGAGGUGCCAUGUGGAAGAUUUUCCGCGACUACGCCGAGGAAAUUGGCGUUGAGAUGCACUUUGGCGUUGGGGUCGUCGAUUAUUUUGAAAACGGGGAUGAGACUGGGGUGGUGCUCGCUGAUGGCACCAGGAUCACGGCGGAUUGUGUUCUGGCUGGGGAUGGCCCAAAAUCCCUGGCCAGGCAGAAAGUCCUUAAAAUCGAAGACAAGAAAACGAACAGCGGCUAUGCCAUCUUUAGGUCUUAUUUCGAAGCCACCAAGGAAUUCAGAGAACAUCCCCUCCUGCAAGAAUAUCUCAACCCAGACGAGGACACCAUCAAGCUUUGGAUUGGUCCGAACUCUCAUAUGCUUGCCUACUCCUGGGAAGGGGGCUCAAAAGUCGUAUGGGUAUUCUUUCAUCCAGAUAAGGACGAUAUUGGCGAGUCGUGGUCUGAAUCAGCCGAUAAGUCGUCCGUGUUGAAGUUCAUCGACAGCAUUGGGUACAAUGAUGAAUGUAGAGCCAUCGUGGAGCUUACGCCUCCAGGAAAAGUCAUUGAUUUCAAGCUCGUCUGGCGCGAUCCGCUCGAGACGUGGCUUAGUCCAGGCUCACGGAUCGCUCUAAUUGGUGAUGCAGCGCAUUGUCACUUGCCUACCUCAGGUCAGGGGGGCUCCCAAGCCAUGGAAGACGCAGCAACAGCUGCUGUUUGUCUGGAAAAGGCCAGGGGUGAUGUUCCGUUGGCGUUGAAGGUCAUGGAAAGAAUCCGUUUCAAUCGGUCACAUAUCACGCACCAAGCAGGGAUGCAGAUACGUGACAUUUGGCACGAGAACCCCUGGGAGCAUGUUGAAGACGACCCGGAAAAGAUUGCGCUAGCCAGAGGAGACUGGAUACUGGAUUUUGAUGCCGUCAAGAACGCAGAAGAGCAUUUCGAACAAUUGGCAGAAGAUGUACGUAGUGGAAAGAAGGGAACAUUACAGGAGCUUUCUCUGCCAGCUGGCGGCGUUUACGACGAUAUUCGCAAC